AGGUGGAGACUGCAGACGAAAUGUUAAGCUGUCAAAGGGGAGCCUGGCAUUUAGGCCCUGGCUGCGUUGCCUGUGAUGAAACAUCAUUUUGUUAGCUCCCCGUCAGGAAGCCACGCGUUGUGAGAGCAGCUUUGGUCCCAGAGCAUCUCACCCUUCCAGAGCACUGCGUGCUGCAGCCGGAGCUACGAAGGCCAAGCAUUUACAUCGCGAGCUGCGUCACCUUCAGGGAGAUUCCUGGACGUGACCCCGCAGCGCACAAGGGAAGGGCACGAUGGCAGCAUCCUCUCCCUGUUGAAACAUACUGUGAGUAAGGACACCGAACCCAAAGAUCCGUAUCCCACUCCAAGAAAGAUUAUGGCUGAACCAGACUACAUAGAUGAUGACAAUCCUGAAUUAAUUAGACCUCAGAAAUUAAUUAAUCCUGUGAAGUCAUCCCGGAAUCAUCAAGAUCUCCAUAGAGAGCUGCUUAUGAAUCAGAAAAGGGGUCUUGCACCUCAGAACAAACCAGAGUUACAAAAGGUGAUGGAGAAAAGAAAACGAGAUCAAGUUAUUAAACAGCAAAAAGAAGAGGAGGCGCAGAAGAAGAAGUCCGACCUGGAAAUAGAGCUACUGAAACGGCAGCAGAAGCUGGAGCAGCUGGAACUGGAGCAACAGAAGAUACAGGAAGAGCAGGAAAAUGCACCCGAAUUUGUCAAAGUCAAGGGCAACUUGAGGAGGACGGUCCAGGAAGCAACAGAAGCACCAGACUCCUAGAGCCAGCACCUGCUAAGACUUCCAGCUUUCCUGCGGUGGCUGCAGAGAGGCUUUUGCAAGUUGUCUCAGAUUUCCUUGUCAAGAGGGAGAAGAACAGCAUCCAGCUGACACUUACUGAAGAUGAGAUUUUUAAUUCCUGGGAAGCGUGGAUUAAAAAGACUGUUAACAGAAACAGAUCGACUUGCCAAAUGCAGUCCUGAGAUUGACGGAUAAGGAGUCUGUUUGUCAGUUCAGUGUCACGGACCGGUCUGAAGUGCUCACUCAGAGAUUUUAACCAGGGAUACUAGGGAAGUUUCUUCAGCGUUGCACUGCUUUAUCUCUUGUGAUCCUAGUUUAGUGGAGAUACACAGAUUAUAUUUUGCUUUAAAACAAAACAAAAGUCCUCCUGUGGUAUCUUAAUGAAACUUUACUGUGCAGGUAAAUUUCCUCCAUCUAGACCUACACCGUGUGUGCGUAUCACAAUAAUUUGUGUUCGGUUGGAAUUCUUAGCAAGUUUCCGAGGAGAUGAGGUAUGAUGAUCGCUGCUGCCCGUCCCCAGUGGGAUAGGCAGAUGUAGGCCAGAUGGGAAUGCUUAAAAUUCACCAGCAGUGAACUGUUGAGCAGCCUUAAAGCCCAGUUCUCCCUGUUGAACAUGCAGAAUUUGGGCUAUGAAAGAGCAGAAAUCUGUUGAUCCUCUCACCAGAGAGAAUCCAGAAGCUGAUUUAUCUUUAAACUUCUCCCUUGAAAUGUUGUGUGAAGGUCUGUGCAGUGCUACCUGUGUAUUUACCUCUCUUAUCUGUCAAUGCAAAACGACCUGUCUUCUACCUUUGUGUUUUGAAAUCCUACCUACUUUGCUGUCGUGGCCUUUCUCCUCCAAGAACAUGCUGGCCUGAAUGCAGUGUUAGCACAUUACUUGCCGAAACGUCUUCAGCUGAAAUGAGGAGUCUGGUGUGCCCUCAGUUCCUGCUCAGUUGUUGCAGGAACUCGUUGCAAUUGCUGCAACAGAGCUGUGCUGAAACCAGACCAAACUGAUCGUUGCAAUCUACCAAAAUGGAAAAAAAAUCCCUAAGUGAGGCAUAAAGUGAACCUCAUUUUAUCCCGUCCAUCCUCUAGCCUCAAGGAAGAGGGGAAAUGUGUUACCACUGAGCCUUCGGGUCCAGUUCUGUCACCGUCUGCCUUUCUGCGAGUUGCCCCUGUGACUUGCCGUUAAAUAAAUGCUACUCAGCUUG